AUGGCAACAUUUCGAACUCGUUCGCCCCUGGGAUACUCAAUCAUAACCGGCGGUUCGAGAUGGGCACAUCAAAGAGCGGUAGGGUCCGGGGUACUCUCCGUCAACCGGGUUGCUCACCGUAAUGUCUCGACUGCUGCAGCUGCGACCCCAAUGAACCACCAGUCAGCCCCGGGCGCCAAAAGCGCAGUCCUGCACAGAAACAUCAAGGCGCCACCGAUGCAAGUAGUCGAUGCAAAAGGAACGCGCAUAAGAUUUUCGUGUGGACAUGAAAUAGAGGACACCACGGGCGGGGCGUCAGUGGCCUGCCUGGGACAUGGGAACAAGAGGGUUCGGCAGGCCAUGAUUGAUCAGAUGGACAAGUUUUCUUAUAGCAACUCUAUGUUUUUUGGUCAUGAGGUGGGAGAGGAUCUGGCCACGGAGCUCAUUAAUGGAACAGGUGGCGCCAUGGCCAAGGCGUACAUCUUGUCAUCUGGAUCUGAAGCCAUGGAUGCAGCUAUGAAAAUGGCACGGCAGUACUACACGGAGCUGAGCCCUAAAGAGCUAAAGCGUACACAAUUCAUUGCGCGAGAGGGGUCUUAUCACGGCACGACACUGGGCUCACUGUCAAUGAGUGGACAUGUGGCCCGACGAAAACUGUUCCUUGACAUGCUUCUUCCAAACGUGCACCGAGUCUCGGCAUGCUAUGCUUACAGAGGCAUGAAGCCUGGCCAAACAACCGAGGAGUAUGUUGAGCAAUUGGCGAAUGAGCUUGACAAAAAGUUCCAGCAAGUUGGUCCCGAUACGGUCUGCGCCUUCGUUGCUGAGCCAGUUGUCGGAGCGACACUGGGAUGUGUUCCCGCCGUCCCCGGGUAUUUCAAGGCCAUGAGACGAGUCUGCGAUAAAUACGGCGCGCUGCUUAUUCUAGACGAGGUUAUGUCUGGAAUGGGUCGCUGCGGAUCCUUGCAUGUGUGGCAGCAGGAGGGUGUGGUGCCUGAUAUACAGACCAUGGCGAAAGGCCUGGGUGGAGGAUAUGCUCCUGUGGCUGGGAUGAUGAUCAAUCACCGCGUCGCAGAUACGUUGGCGGCAGGAACUGGGGCUUUCAUCCAUGGCCACACGUAUCAGGGCCACCCAGUCGCCUGCGCGGCCGCGUUGGAGGUGCAGCGAAUCGUGCGCGAAGACAAGCUCGUCGAAAAUGUGAAGAAGACAGGAAAGCUACUAGGCCAGCUAUUACACCAGAAACUUGACCAUCAUCCGAAUGUGGGCAAUGUACGAGGAAAGGGUCUCUUUUGGGGUAUUGAGUUUGUGCGCGACAAGAAGAACAAGACGCCUUUUCCGGCGGAAGCCGGCAUAGCGAAUGCAGUGCACACCACCGGCCUGAUGGACGCGGGCAUUAUGCUGUAUCCGGGGACGGGCACGAUGGACGGGGUGAGUGGUGACCACGUGCUGGUAUCACCAGUCUACACGAGUACCGAGGAGGACAUUGGGAGAAUUGUGGACAAGAUCAAGGAGACGGUCGACAGGACAUUCUCCAAGGUGUGA